AUGACAGAAGAAGCCCCCCAACUCACGCCCGUCGGGGAGAAAUCCCUCCCGGCAAAAUGUAAACCCAACACCCUGGCCUACUGUCCAACAAUGGAUCUGAUCGCGCUAGCGACCGAGGACGAAGAACUACGCGUCUUCCGACUGAACGGGCAACGUGUUUUUGGGGGCUCAUUCGGGGGUGAUCCCUACCUUGGCGAAGAUGAGGAGGACGGGGAAGUGAGAGCUGUAGCGUGGAAGGGGAAUGGUCGUUUGCUUGCUGUCGCGUGUGGGGAUGGUACUCUACGUAUUAUCAGCGCGUAUAGUGGGAAGACUGUGCAUCAUUUCCCCGUUCACCGCGCGGAGGUUUCGAGUCCGGAUGCUCCUGUUUCUCCAAAAGUGACAUGUCUAGGCUGGGGAGUGAAUUUCACUGAUAGCAACGCUGCCCAGAAACGUCUCCUUGACUCGGCUGGUCAGGUUAGUGUUGAGGAUCUGCUAGCGCCAGGGAUCCAUCCCUCUAAGGCGGCUGCUAUGCUGAAGGCGGACUUACCGAGGGAACUCGCUUUAAUUGAUAUUGAGAGCUCGUUGCCGAAGCUGAGCACAUUACCUGCGACUGGGGCUGAGGAUGAUCUAUUCAGCUCGCGGGCGUCGAUCGAUGCUAUGUUUCACUCUUCGGCGAAGGAUGCAAGUGAUUCGGUGGAUGUGUUGUUUAUCGGAUUCGAUGAUGGGAGCGUUCAUUUGCGGAUUUUUGACUGCUUUGAGAUUGGCAAUUUUCCUGUUGGGGAGACGGUGGGUGUUGCUGAGUCGCGACGGAUUCUUCGUCAUGCAUCGCAUCCUUUGAGCUCGACGCAUGCCUUGUUGGCGUCCGGGUCGUCUGACGCGCCUGUUGAUCUUGUUACGCUUGAUCUUCGGUUCAUCACGAAGUCUGGUCGGUACUUGUCAUUGCUCGCGUCGAAAACGACUCAGCUUCACAAUCUACUUCGGUAUAUUGGUUCUGUGCAGCGGCAGAUUGAGCUGGAGUGGAAGAACGCGCAGGAGCUUCCGGCGCGGUUCCUGCGGAGUGUCAAUGAGGAUUUACAGGAAAAGUGUCAAUGUGAUUUUGUCACUGCCAUCUAUCAUCUUGUGGUUACUGGGCAUUGUUUUGAGCCGAUGAAGGAGUUUUUGGUGGAUAUUGUGGGAGAACGGGGACAUAAAAGAUGGGAAAAGGCUGUCUCGGGUGGAUAUGAGAGUAUCCGUCGACUAACCCAUGAAUGCCUUCUUCCUGCAUUAGAACGGAGCCAGAUUCUCCUGAGCCGACUCGUGGGAUUAUCAAAGUUCGCCAAGUUGAGCGACGUGCUCGGUCUGGAUACUCACAAGCUCAAUGCCAUCGUUGAGACGCUGGAUUGUCUACACCUCAUCGCGCAUUGCAUUCUCAACAACGCGAAUGAAGAGCUGGACCAGUUCGAUGCAUUCUCGCGAUGGCUCAAACACGAAAUCCUCAUUUUAAACGCCGAACCCUUGUCUCAGACAUCUGAAGAGCUCCUCGAGAAAAGAGACUUAUUUGACGUUCCACCUACAGUGAAAUACAUCACAGGUGCACUCCGCAAGAGUGUCCUCCGAAAUUUCAUCCGCCAACUUCCCAUGAUCGGUGUUCCUCAACUACCUACACCUGCCACCGACAAAUGGCUUCCUGGCGACCACGAUCGAUCGUUCUAUGAUAAAGUCAAAUCAUUACUUGCACAACAGCGUCAUGUCCAAGCCGAAGGAGGCGAUGGGACGACCGUUGAUGCACCGAAACUGAAUGACCUCACAAAACGACUGGGAAUCCAGUUUGACAAAGUCUUCGCAGAGAUCGCAUUGACACAGCGAAGAGGCAUUCUGCAUCGAUCACCCCUUACCCUCCAUGCGGAUUGUGAUAAAAGCAUUUUAGAUGUCAAGAUCUGCCAUGAGGACGGCGAAGAGGGACGACCCUGUUCUAUUUACGUCACAGCUCGGUCUACGACAUCUAAGUCUCUAGUCUACAUCUACCGCGUCAUCCUCGACUCCAGCAAUGGCGUCAGUUCCACACGAAACACCUCUAUCGCCACACUUGACCUCCAAGAAGGCGAAAUCAAACAACUCCAAUUCGUCGCCGACGACACCUUAAUGAUCCUCUGGUCUACUCCAGGCUCCUCCUAUCUCCUCAAUCUCCCUUUCCAACCCCACUCUGCGCAAUUCUCUAAAAGAGACCAGUCGAGUGUGCUUGAAUUUGUACCGUGCGACCCGCAUCCCUCUGACUCGAAGCCUAGUGUACCAGCCACAUCACUCAACGUGUCUGCGUUGUCUGAGGCCGGAAUGGUGAGGCAUGUAUUUGCGCCAUCAGGGCUGAAGGCGAAGCCCAUGAGGAUUGAUGUUAAUGGGCGGAAGGGGAGGAGGGCGGUUUGUGUGUUAUAUGGUGAUGCGAUGCGUUAUGAUGUUUUGGACUUGGAUGCUGCUAUGGAGGACGAGGAAGAGGAGGAAGAGGAUGAGAAUGAGAGUGAGGAAGAAUGA